AACGCCGCCAGUGCUGCGAGCCCCUCUGUAAAAUUUUAUUGAAUAAAAAACCAAACAAGUCGCAACGCUCGCUGCUGGGUAUUCUUUUUUUUUUUUUGUACCCUCAACGAACGCCGCAUCGUCCAGACAUAGCGCCCAUUCAUCGCGAAACGUAACGACACGGUUUUCCAACUCUCUAAUGUUUGGGGCAAUGGAUAUAUACGACAGCAACAGCCGCGCUCGCAGUCCGAUUUAUUAAAUGCACGUCUGCAUUUAUUUAUAAACGCGCUUUAGGGCGCCAACUUCGGUGAAAUAUAAAGUGCAGGUCACCGACGCGACGCUGCUGCAGUCAGCGGACAGCCUCUGCCGACGUCGCCGCAUUUUGUUGCUGUUUUUUUUUUGCGCCGUGUGUUCCCCGUGUAUCUGUGUGUGCUUCUACCGCUGUUGCUGCUGCUGCUAAUGUGUUAAUAUUCGUGUGCUGUUUUUUAAAUUCUUUUUGGUUUAAUUUUUGUUGUUCUUUUUUUUUGUCGUGUUGAAAAACCGCGGCGGAAAUUCAGAUUCAAUCAAGCGUUAAGUGUGUGUGUGUGUGUGUGUGUGAGUGAGUGCCUAUGCUGGCCCUUCGAAAUGCCCCGUUAGCCGCGAAACCGAAUCUGUUUGCUGCAACAACAACAACAACAACUACAACAUUAUUACCGUCGCGAAGAGAAACAACAAUAAAAGCAACAAGAAGAAAAAGAGGAAGAACGACUGCAACAACCGCAAUGCUGUCUAACGGCACUGCCGGCGUCGCUGUCGCCGUCGACUGCGACGAGCGAACGCGUCUGCUGAGCGAUGAAAUUGUUGUUGUCACCGCCGCCGCUGCCGCUUCCGCUGCCGCAACAACUCCUUCGUCCUCUGUCGGCGUCGCUGCUCCUGUGCCACCGACGUCGCUGCCAUUGGUGCAUACAACGGCAACAACAACGCCAGCAGCUGCAGCAGCAGCAGCAGCAACAAAUAACAAUGUGAACAACAACAACAAUGCCAUGGUUGUGGUCAGUGCUAAAAACACCGUUAAUAAUGCCAAUACACAUACGAAUACGAAUACGAAUAAGAGCAAAAGCAACAACAACAAUGCAACAACAGCAGCAGCAACGGGAGCAACAGAGACGGCAGAGGGAACAGCUGACGACGAGGAUCUAUCCAGCGAUCUGAGCGAUAAAUUCCCACGCCCCCAAAAGAAGCCCGGCAAACUGAGCAAAUUGGGUACCAAAAGCGUCGGUCUCAAGCGUGUCUCCUUUGGCUCCUCGAAGGGCUCCAUGGUGGAGACGCUCGUCUUUGAGACGCCAACACCGCUGUCGGAACACGUGGAGUCCACCUUUGGCUUUGAUGCGGCUGCUGGAGAUGCUGGAGAUCAUCCCAGUGGCGGUGCCGCCGCUGCUGCUGCUGGUCAGCUGCCGUUGGCAUCGACGCUGGCGUCGCACUUGCCACUCGCCGGUGGCGGGUACAGUGGAGACUAUGCCAAGGGAAAUAUGGAUGACAGCGGCAUCGAAGUGCAAGAAGAAUCGGAGCGUUCAAUAGUACGUGUCUCCAUUUACGAGAGCAGCCAGCCACAGCAGCCGGACUAUCUGCCGGACGACUCUUUGGCCGGAGACGGCUUUCCCUACAACACCAACGACCUCGACCUAUAUCCAACAAUGGCAGCGACGGCAGCGACGGGGAUGAUGCAACAGCAGACACUGGGACUGGGAGCGGCCUACGAUCGCCAGCAGAGCACUGAUUCCGGCUGGGAUAAUCCCUUUCGUCCUGGCGGCGAUCUCUCCCGGGAGGCUGACGAGAUUGUCAGUAUGAUCAGAGGUGGCCAACCCAUCACACCCACGGAGGAUCGUACCAUCGGCAAUGGCAGCACAGCACAGCAUCCGGAUGACAAUUGCAAUGGUGGAGGAGGAGUGGCGAUCGGGGAGAGCGUGACCAAAACCAAUCUCUCGCAGAAUCUAGCAACAGCACAAAAUGGUACAAAUUCCCAUGCCUCUGCCGACGCUGGCGCCGGAAAAGCGGGCAAGGCGAGCGAUCAGCUGACCAGCGGCGGCGGCGGGGGCGGAGGCGGAGGCGGUGGCAACAACAACGGUGUCACCUCACUGGGACAGGUGUCCAAACAGGUGGUGCCGGGACCCAUCUCCGCUAGUCAUGUGGUCAUCGAUGAGAAGAAGGGCAAGAAGAAGGGCUGCUGUGUCCUUCAAUAAUUCAAGUUCUUGGCGCAAGGACAAGGACAAUGGAUGGGGAGGGAAAACAAACGAAAUGUGGGGGGAAAUUAUUUUUUUUUUUCCGGCUGUUCCGUAUUUCGUUUCGUU